UCUCUCUAGAAACUCUCUCUGAGAGAGCUCUGUUCUUCUUCUUCUCGCGAGCGAGCUCUCGUACGUCCUCCGCGCGCUCCGGUUGAUGCUCCGGGAUCCCGAACGAUGAAGCAGCGGCUGAUGAUCCUCGCGGCGUGGUUGCUGGCGGCGAGCUGGGGCCCCCGGCCGGCGCUCUCCGGCGACAUAGUACACCACGACGACGUUGCGCCGAAGCGGCCCGGCUGCGAAAACAACUUCGUCCUGGUGAAAGUUCCUACUUGGGUGAAUGGUGUUGAAGACAUUGAGUAUGUUGGUGUUGGUGCUCGAUUUGGCCUUACACUAGAAUCAAAAGAGAAACAUGCCAACAAUACUAGAGUUGUAAUCGCAGAUCCUCCUGAUUUUUGUACCAAGCCCAAGGAAAAGCUUAAAGGGGAGGUCGUUGUGGUGCAUAGAGGUAAUUGCAGUUUCACAAUCAAGUCAAAUCAUGCCGAAGAUGCUGGUGCAACUGCAAUACUCAUUAUAAACAACCGUACAGAACUCUUCAAGAUGGUUUGCGAAGCGAACCAAACUGAUGUUAAGAUUGGCAUUCCGGCUGUCAUGCUUCCACAAGAUGCUGGCGCAAGCUUGGAGAAGCUUAUAAACAUGAAUACGAAUGUCUCAGUGCAGUUAUACUCCCCACAGCGUCCAUUGGUGGAUGUUGCAGAAGUGUUCUUAUGGCUUAUGGCUGUUGGGACCAUCUUAUGUGCUUCUUAUUGGUCUGCAAGGACUGCUAGAGAAGCAGCUAUCGAGCAUGAGAAAUUGCUGAAGGAUGGCUCUGACGAGUUGGUAGAAAUUGAAGGCAUUGGUUCCAGUGGUGUUGUGGACAUAAACACGACUUCUGCUGUUCUCUUUAUUGUAGUUGCCUCAUGUUUCUUGGUCAUGCUCUACAAACUGAUGUCUUACUGGUUUAUUGAGGUUCUGGUGGUUCUGUUUUGCAUUGGUGGAGUAGAGGGUCUGCAAACUUGUUUGGUGGCUUUACUUUCGUGUUUCAGAUGGUUUGAGAAUUCUGCGCAAUCGUUCGUGAAGUUACCCAUCUUUGGAGCUGUUUCACACCUAACUUUGGCCGUUUCUCCAUUCUGUAUAGCCUUUGCUGUAGUUUGGGCAGUUUUCCGCCGUGUUUCCUUUGCAUGGAUAGGUCAAGAUAUACUUGGAAUUACUUUGAUAAUCACGGUUCUUCAGAUUGUUCGCAUACCAAAUCUCAAGGUUGGAACAGUGCUUCUCAGCUGUGCUUUCUUGUAUGACAUCUUCUGGGUAUUUGUUUCCAAAUGGUGGUUCCAUGAGAGCGUGAUGAUAGUGGUUGCACGUGGCGAUAAGAGUGGAGAGGAUGGGAUCCCCAUGCUACUGAAAAUUCCACGACUCUUUGAUCCUUGGGGUGGCUAUAGCAUCAUUGGAUUUGGAGAUAUCAUCUUACCCGGUCUGCUAGUGGUGUUUUCAUUAAGGUAUGAUAUGUUGGCAAAAAAGAAGAUUCGAGAAGGAUACUUCUUGUGGGCAAUGAGCGCUUAUGGUCUAGGACUGCUCAUCACUUAUGUGGCUUUGAAUUUGAUGGAUGGACAUGGGCAGCCUGCUUUGCUUUAUAUUGUUCCCUUCACACUUGGCACCUUUAUGACAUUGGGAAAACAGAGAGGCGAUCUCCAAACUUUGUGGACAAGAGGCGAGCCGGAGAGACAGUGCCCGCACGUCCAACUUCAACCCUCUCAAUGAGGAACUAAUCAAACCCUAAUGUAAUUGCAUACUGGUCUUUUGGCCUUAUGUUUAGUUCGGAGUCACUUUGACGGCGAUGAUAGGUUUGUAUUUUGGACGUUGGACCCACCCCGGAACUGUAAAGAAUUUAGUUUAUCAAUAGCCUAUAAGCAAAACUAUACUGUAAUUCUAAA